AAAGCAUCCCAGCCCUGGUUGGGAGUCAUAGCAGCCACCUAUUUUCUGCAGGGCAGCCGAAUAAACUUCUUAUCUCCAUAUGCACCGCUCCCGGUUUUGGUGGCAAGGCAUCUAAACUCCGAACUAGCUGAGCCACAUUGA